CAAAUUUACUUGAACGUAAUUUUUCCUGCUUGUGAAAUUUGUUUUACAUUUCACCCAAGAAAGUGUCUCAAAGGCAAAAUUUCAUUUGCAAAAUAAUGUCAUCAAGGGCACUACGAAAAUUGAGAAAAGAUCAGGAUUCUGUUGUUCCUGAUUUAGUGGCUGGAAAUGCAGAUAAUGAAGAAUUGGAUGACCAUUUGCCACAAAAUAUUGUAAAAUCAAAAAAGUCUAAGUCCAAAAAUAAGGGGAAAGCUGUUGCAAAUCCUUUUGAUUUGCUCAAUGAAGAUGGAGAUGAGAAUGACGUUGAUAUUCCGUUACCUGGAGAUGAGGACAGUGGACAAGAUAAAGAAAACACUGAGGAAGUGAACACAGGUGCUGUCAAGAAGAAGAAGAGAAAGAAGAAGAAAAAGUCAAAAAAUAUGGAGUCGGAGGCUACUGAUGGAAACGAUCAGAAGGAAGAUGAAGACAUAGAGGCUGUGAUAAAGGAAGUGAAUGAUAUGUAUGGUGACAUCGGGUGCCAUGGCAAGACAGAUGCCAACCAAGAGCACAUGACCACCAUGACUAUGAGAGCUUUAUUGAAUGUGGAACACAAACAUCUAAAUCCUGAUACAGAAAUGAGACGAAUAUUUGGUUCACGUGUUGUACAAAGUGAACAGACACGGCGGAACAGAAACAGGAAUCGGCAGUAUCAUAAAUCCACUUGGCUCGCUCAUCCAAAAGAUACGUGGCCCCCAAUGGGAAAAACUGGUCUUUCAAUGCGUCUUCUUGAAACCAAGCAGGGAAACCAAUUCUUUGCUUUCGAACACAACCAAGCAUACCAGGAAAUCGAAUUCAAAUUCUUAGAUGCUGUUGAAUCGUUCGAUCCUCAAAAUAUAGUUAAUGUUCUAAAUCUCCAGUCUUACCAUAUAAACUCACUCCUCCAGCUCAGUGAAGUGUGUAAGAUGAGUGAAGACAUACAAAUGGCCACUGAGUUCAUAGAGAGGGCGCUAUAUUCCUUUGAGUGCUGCUUCCACUCGUUAUUCAGCCUGACCCAGGGACGGUGUCGUUUGGACUACAGACGGCCAGAGAAUCGAGCAUUCUACAUUGCUUUAUUUCGUCAGCUGAUAUUUGUGGGUCAGAAAGGCUGCUAUAGGACAGCGUUAGAAUUUUGUAAAUUAAUCCUUAGUUUGGACCCUGACAACGACCCGUUAUGCAUCCUGCUCAUGUUGGACUUCUAUGCACUUAGAUCUGAUCAGUAUGCUUUCCUAGUCAGAAUGUAUCAAGAAUGGGAGGCUCACAGAAACCUCACCUUCCUGCCAAACUUUGGUUUCUCCAUGCCACUGGCGAUGUUCCAUUUAGCAUUACAAGGUGAUGGAGACUUCUCUCAAGCUGAUGACAUGCUCCAGAACUCGCUGCUCAUGUUUCCUGGACUCUUACUACCUCUUCUGGAAGAAUGUAGUGUCAAGCCAGAUCCACAGGUGGCAGCACAUAGCUUCUUCAGAAACAGUCAACAAAGUCAACCAGACGCCCUCCGGCAGUUGAUCGCCCUCUAUGUGGGCCGUUGCUCAUCGUGUUGGAAGGCACCGGAGGUCAUGGAAUGGUUGGAGAGGAACGUGGCGGAGACGAUGCAACGAAUUGGCCGGCAGGAUCCCAAGAUCAAGGAGUAUGAGGAAAAGCGGAAUAUCCGAUACCGUGGCACACCUCGAAAUAUUUACCGUCACAUUGUCAUCUCAGAAAUAAAGGAUGCUAAGGCUGCUUUGCCUCCAGAAUUGGCCGUCACACCGAUCAUGAGCUAUGACCCACUUCCUCCGACAGACUCCAUCAUAUCCUACACAAGACCCGAAAGACAGGGCCGUCUCCAUGAUCCCAGCGUCCUCAACAUGUUCUUCCGAUCCCUGAUGCCAAACUUCGACGUGCAGAAUCCUCCGACCAGUGAUGGUGCCGUAGGGGGAGAGGACCAAGCCACAAUCAGACAGAGUGUAGGCAGUCUUAUGGACGCCAUGAGGAACAUGCUGGCAAAUAUACAACCGGUGCCUCCCCCUGUUGAGAAUGGAGAGAACCAAGAUGACGAGGAGGAAGAGGGUGCCUGGGAAUUAUAAUGGAGGCUGCAAAGUUACGAUUUCAUUUCAUAUAAUGUUUUGUGAAAUUCGGCAUUAGUGAAGGACACUGCAUGGACAUGUAUAUCUUAAAAAGUUUGUUUGCCGCCCGAUAACCCAAGGAAUGAGAUGAUAGAGGUUCUCUGGUGCGGAAGUGCUCCGGUGCGUCAUUGUUUGUGUAUCUCACACAUGUGCUAAACCCCUGGACAAAGGCCGGGAUAAGUCCAUGUCAUAUAUUGUGUCAGCCACAUUAUGUACAUAGGACCAGUGUGUUUACAGUAUGGUCUACAGGUAGAAACCUCUUUAGUUAAUCUGGUGCCUAUGGAUUUAUCAUGCUUUAACUAUCUUAAUCAGUGAAUUGUACCAGGUGCAAAAUGAUUAUAUUUAUUAAAAUCUAUUGAAAUUA